AUGGGUGAGGGACUGGAAGCAGGAAAGCACCACUGUGCCCUUAAAGUUUUGUCCCUCCCAGAAACUGGGGGGUUGUGGGGGGCAGGUGCUAUGGUGGGUGGACUUGUCCCUUCAGGUCUUCAGACAUGGCUGUCCACUUCUUACUGUCCCCACAGCAAUUCUUGCAGACUCUUUUAUCCUGAGGAUCCUAUUAAGAUUGUCCGGGGCCAAGGACAGUACUUGUACGAUGAACAGGGUGCAGAAUACCUGGAUUGUGUCAACAAUGUGGCUCAUGUUGGGCACUGCCACCCUCUCGUGGUCCAAGCAGCGCACGAACAAAACCAGGUGCUGAACACCAACAGCCGGUACCUGCACGACAACAUCGUGGAUUAUGCACAGAGGCUAUCAGAGACCCUGCCGGAGAAGCUCUCUGUGUUUUAUUUCCUGAAUUCUGGGUCAGAAGCCAAUGACCUGGCCCUGAGGCUGGCCCGCCAGUACACGGGACAUUGGGACGUGGUGGUGUUAGACCAUGCUUAUCACGGUCACCUGAGCUCCCUGAUUGACAUCAGCCCCUACAAGUUCCGAGACCUGGAUGGCCAGAAGGAGUGGGUCCAUGUGGCACCUCUCCCAGACACCUACCGGGGUCUUUACCGGGAGGACCACCCCAAUCCGGCUGGGGCCUAUGCCAGCGAGGUGGAACGCGUGGUGAACAGCGUACAGGAAAAGGGCAGGAAGAUUGCAGCGUUCUUUGCAGAGUCUCUGCCCAGCGUGGGAGGACAGAUCAUCCCCCCUGCCGGCUUCUUCCAGGAAGUGGCAGAGCACAUCCACAGGGCCGGAGGGGUCUUUGUCGCAGACGAGAUUCAAGUGGGCUUUGGCCGAGUGGGCCAGCAUUUCUGGGCCUUCCAACUGCAAGGAGAAGACUUCGUCCCUGACAUUGUCACCAUGGGCAAGUCCAUCGGCAAUGGCCACCCCGUAGCCUGUGUGGCCACAACCCAAGCUGUGGCAAGAGCAUUUGAAGCCACCGGCGUCGAAUACUUCAACACGUUUGGAGGCAGCCCGGUGUCCUGCGCCGUGGGCCUGGCCGUCCUGGACGUCCUAGAGAAGGAACAGCUGCAGGCCCACGCCGCCUCCGUGGGCAGCUUCCUGACGGAGCUCCUCAGACAGCAGAAAGCCAAACAUCCCAUCAUCGGGGACGUCAGGGGCACUGGGCUCUUCAUCGGUGUGGACCUGAUCAAAGACGAGGCAACCAGGACACCAGCAACUGAAGAGGCCAAUUACGUGGUGUCCAGGAUGAAGGAGAACUACAUUUUGCUGAGCACUGAUGGCCCAGGGAGGAACGUCCUCAAGUUUAAACCCCCGAUGUGCUUCAGUGUGGACAAUGCACGACAUGUGGUGGCCAAGAUGGAUGCCAUCCUGACAAACAUGGAAGAAAAGGUGAGAAGUUGUGAGACACUGCGGCUCCAGCCCUGA